AUGAAUCCUACCAGUAAAAAAGAAGCGACGAGCGUGGAGGGACUACCAAAUUCCUUUGCGAGAGGUGGCAUCCAGCGGUCUACGCAGAAGAAGGCAGAGACGGAUGCAGUAAAAUCCGGUGGUGGAAAGGUUAACACGCCAGUCUCCACACCGGACAUAACGGUCGACGGUCCCUUGUUAAUCAAGGCCAUCGAGAAAAGUAGGGACAAGCGGCCAAGGGUGGCAGCGCUGUCCGAACAGCUCGAUGCGAUCAUCGAGUUCGCAACGAAUAGGACCGAACUCGUGGAGCGGGCCGAAGCGGCUGAAAAGGAGGUGUGGAAGGAAAGGGCAACUGAAUCCAAAGGGGUUCAGACUGAUGCCCCCACGUUCGCAGUGAUCUGCUCUACAGGGCAGACCACUAAGCCAACGCGGCAGUCCCUGGGGGAAGCGGCCCCCGAAAAUGUGAAAAAGCGGUUGGUGGCGCUAUCCACACGGGGCAGCACACCAACAGGCACAAGGGCCGAAGUGUCGACCGGAGCGGCUACUGCGGGAAACCCCUGGGUUACCGUGAUAGGAAAAGGGUGCCAGGAAGGUAGAAAACGCCAAGACGGAGCGGCAAAGAAACGACCGCUAAGGGCCAAGAAGGCCAAGAGCAGGGGGGACGCCCUCAUUCUCAGGACUGACGGGUCUAAGUACUCGGAAGUAUUGAAAAAGAUGAGGGGCGAAACCCAGCUCAAGGAGUUGGGGGCAGAUGUGCGGAGCAUCCGCCGAUCUCGCACCGGCGAGAUUAUCCUUGAGCUCCGAAAGGAUGCGAAAAACAAGGGCGCUUCCUACAAGGCGGUAGCCGAGCAGGUCCUCGGCAAGGAUGUGCAAGUUCGGGCACUCACCUCGGAGGUGACUCUCCAGCUUAAAAACCUGGAUGAAAUCGACAUUGCACAAGCCCUCAAGGAGAAGUGCGGGGUGGAGGUGGCUACUGAGUCAAUCCGCCUCCGGAAGGGUCCAGCGGGAACCCAAGUGGCCACCUUCCGGUUAGCGUCGGCGGACGUGAACCUGGCACUGAAGGAAGGUCAGCUAAAGGUCGGCUGGUCAGUAUGCCCCCUGGGUAUACUCCAGCAACCGGACGUUUGCUUCCGGUGCUUCGAGGGAGGACAUAAGUCCUGGACCUGCAAGGGGCCCGAUAGGAGCCAACUAUGCAGGCGUUGCGGUGGUGCAGGCCAUAAAGCGAAGGACUGUGGGGAGCCUCCCACAUGGUGUGUUCCGGGAAACGGGACGCCAAACACUUUAUGGGAGGCCCCAGGUGCCCAGCCGGCAAGCCAGUUACGAAACCACGCGCGUAAGGGUGAGGCAACUGAACCUGAACCAUUGCUACGCGGCUCAGCAGCUGCUAUACUAAGCAGCCACUGAGUCGCUGUCGGACAUCGCCAUUGUAUCGGACCCCUACCGCAUCCCUCCCGGAAACGGUAACUGGGUUGCGGAUAGGUCCAGCAUGGCGGCCAUAUGGACGACGGGCAGGUUUCCGGUUCAGGAGGUUUUUUCAACCUCAGAAGCAGGGUACGUGGUUGCCGAGGUGAACGGAGUGUUCUACUGUAGUUGCUAUGCUCCGCCGCGUUGGUCUGGUUUACCUACAAACGGCCGGAACACGAAAGGCCGAAUCAAUAACGGCCGAAUUUCAAACGGCCGAAUCUAUCAAACGGCCGAACCACAAAAGGCCGAAUCAUUCGACAGACCGAAAAAUCAUUGAUAAUUAACAGAGAUUUAAAUGAAACCCGAAAUCAUCCACCUAGCGGUGAAACCCAGCCUCUUUCAAUCGAACUUAUUAUUUGUUGAAAUAGAUUUUUUUUUCCUGUAUGGACUUCCUCACUGCGACCAGAAUCGUAGAUCUAUUGUGAGAUAUGCCCGGGUGUCUGCUGUAUUCCGCACUUCUGGGAAACCACCAGGUGACCCAUCGGCAUAUAGGCCUAUCUGCCUGCUAGACACGGCGGGCAAGGUACUUGAGAGGAUUAUCCUCAACAGACUGGUGAGGUACACAGAGGGUGUAAACGGUCUGGCAAGCAACCAGUUCUGCUUCCGGAAGGGCAGGUCCACGCUGGAUGCUAUCACCUCCGCCUCCGAGACGGCGGAGACAGCACUCCAGCGCAAGAGAAGGGGAACACGCUAUUGCGCAAUCGUCACGCUCGACGUGAAGAAUGCGUUCAAUAGCGCCAGUUGGGACUCCAUAGCGCUCGCGCUCAGGAGCAUCCAUGUACCGGUGUCGUUGUACAAGAUUCUGGAAAACUUCCUCUAGAAUCGAGUACUGGUUUACAACACAAAGGAGGGUCAGAAGUGCGUUCCAAUCACCGCAGGGGUUCCGCAAGGUUCCAUCCUGGGUCCGGUGUUGUGGAACGUCAUGUAUGACGGGGUGCUGAAACUAAAGAUUCCUGAAGAGGUUGUGAUCGUCGGCUUUGCAGACGACAUAACGCUAGAGGUUUACGGCGAGUCGAUCGAAGAGGUCGAGUUGACGGCUGCGCACUGCAUACGCAAGGUCGAGGAUUGGAUGCGCUCCAGGAAACUGGAGCUCGCACACCAUAAGACGGAGGUCACGGUUGUUAACAACCGUGAAUUGGAGCAACAGGCGGUGGUCAAAGUCGGUGACUGCACCAUCACCUCAAAGCGAUCGUUGAAGCUCUUGGGGGUUAUGGUCGACGACAAGCUCACGUUCGGGAGCCACGUCGACUAUGCCUGUAAGAGGGCCUCAUCGGCUUUUGCAGCACUAUCUCGUAUGAUGUCCAAUAGCUCAGCGGUUUAUGGCAGCAAGCGAAGACUUCUUGCCAGCGUGGUUUUGUCCAUACUUAGGUAUGGUGGGCCAGUGUGGUCCAGAGCGUUAGGUACUAACAGUUACCGUGGUAAACUGGAAACUACCUACAGGCUCAUGUGCCUGAGAGUUGCGAGUGCGUAUCGUACAGUGUCAUACGAUGCAAUCUGUGUCUUGUCCGGCAUGAUGCCAAUCAGCAUCGCCAUCAUGGAGUACAGAGAGUGUUUCGACCAAUGUGACACAAGGGGCAUACGAGGUACCAGAAGGUCAUUCUCAAUGCUCCGCUGGCAGCGAGAAUGAUCCAGCUCCACAAAGGGCAGAUGGACGCACCGACUUAUACCGGAGAUAUCCGGCUGGGUCGAGAGACGACAUGGUGAAGUGAACUUCCACCUGACACAAAUCCUGUCAGGCCUUGGUUGUUUCAGGCAAUAUCUGCACAGGCUCGGACAUGCGGGGUCUCCCAUCAGUAGGUGUCUGGGGGAGUGUAACUACCCCAGCAUCUCUCCCCUAGUCUCAUCCCCACACCCUGAGUUCUCUUCUCAGGUGUCUGUCCUUUAAAAAAAAAAAAAAAGAGAUGGCGAAAACUGGAUUUCCGUUGUAUUGUCAGCGGUUGAAGGCAUCUGUGGCACACUACCUUAAAUCGAUUGGGCGAUCUAGUUUCGUCGGAAUUCCUCCUGGCCGCAAAUGGUUGAAUAAUUUUUUUUAAACGACACCCUGAAAUUUCUCACAGAGUACCGAGUGCUCUUUCCAAACAGCGGACCUAUGUCAAACAAAGCCUUGGUGCUACAUUCCGAUUCGGAACUCGACCUUCUGUUUUCUUAUAAACAGACUUCGCAGCCAACUGUUUAGUGUACAGGACAAUUGCGGGGCUAGCGCUACGAUUCUACUGACACUAACAGUACGUCCCAGUACUAGCAUCGUACUUCGAGACCAACUGGGAAGCGGACCUAUAUCACAGAGGAUAAAAUUCAAAGCUGGUUUGAAGAAGUACAUAACUAUAUUCUAGAGGCUGGCUUGCAAGAAGUUCUGCUACACCCAGGUCGAAUUUUUAAUAUGGACGAAUUAUCCAUCCUUCUUGUUCCAACAAAAAAAAACUGUGUUCGCCAAAACAGGAGAAAAAUAUGUGCACACUUCUAAUGCCAGUUCCGAAAAGGAAUGCUACACGGUGUUGUUUUCUGCAAGCGCGGCAGGAGUUCUGGCACCACCGACGGUAUUGUUUCCGUACAAACAACGUCUGCCAGCAGAAAUCGUCAAUAGCGCUCCGGAUGGUUGGUCUAUUGGGAAAAAUGUAUCAGGAUGGAUGACACAGGAGACAUUUUAUGAAUAUUUAAAAAAUGUUUUCCACCCAUGGCUACUGAGAUUCAAGGUAGCUUUUCCCAUUUUACUUUUCGUAGAUGGCCAUAGAUCGCACGUUUCUCUUCAGACCACUGAGUUUUGCAAGGAGAAACAAACUGUAUUGAUUUGUCUUUUUCCAAAUUCAACACAUGUGCUUCAGCCUCUAGAUGUCGCAUUUUUCAGAGGUCUGAAAGUUAAGUGGAACAAGCGGCUCAUUGAUUGGCGUACUUUUCGUGCCGGUGAGUCUUUGAAAAGGCAUGAUUUUGCACCUUUAUUGAAGCGGGCAGUUGAUAUGGUCAACUUAUCACCCACUUUGUGCAACGGGUUCCGCAAAUGCGGUCUUUAUCCGUGGAACCCAGAUGCAGUGAACUAUGCAAUGCUUUUACAAAAUAAAACUCCACAAACAUCAGCCUCAACAGCCCAAAAGCAACCGAUAAGCGAUACUAAUAAUGAGUUCGAAUCUAAAAAUGUUUUGCUCGGAUUAAAAUCAUAUCUCACUGUUGGUCAACUGAAAAGAUUUGAGGAUAAUUAUUCAAACACAAUUCGGACCGGACCUGUUGGUGACACAAAUUUGUUUUAUGUUUGGCAGACCAUUAAACGGGAAUCCAAUGAACAACACAGCACAAUACAAAACGAAAAGUUACCGAGAUUUAGCGGAUUUCAUGAGUCGGAAAUACGUGCUGGUCGUCUUAAUGUUCAGGCAAGAUUCGCAUCGUUUGAGCAACAGGCCAUUUCGUCUCAAGAUGACUCCGUUUGUAACGAGCAAUUAACGGAGGAAGCAAUGCAUUUUUUUCGAGGAUAGUUUCAGUUGCUACCAGCGAAGAAUUCCGAAAAUUUCAUAAAGAUUUGGAGCAAAAAAAAUAAUAAAAUUGUAGCGGAAAAAAUGCAGAGAAAAGCAGCUCGUGAAAAGAAAAGGCAGUUAGUACAAGAGAAGCGCCGAAAACAAACAUUAACGAAGGCUUCAAAUGAUGGAAAAACUUCUACAGAAAAUGUUUGAAUUACUUUCCUUUUUAAUAAACAAUUUUGUUAAAACAAUCAUUGUUAUUUUUUGGCUGCACAGAAUCAGGAACAAAACUGCGCAGAAUAAGGAACAUGCCCAAGCAAGUGCGCAGAAUUGGCACCAAACAUAUAUGCAAAAUUUUCUUCUCAUACUGUUGUUUUGGCUGUACAUGUGUCUAACUUUUUUUUCUGUAUUUUUCAAAGUCACACAUCAUGUCUGCCGUAAUCUCGCAGACUGACGUAAGCGCCAUUUUUCCAAAUAUGGGGUUCUUAUGCCAAUUUGUUCGUUAUUCGAAGAUCCAUCUUUUGGUAUGGUUUAGUUGUUACUUAUUCGUACGUUGCAUAAAAUCAAGAAAACAAAAUGACGUAUGCACCAUUUCAAUACAAAAGUGACAAGUAACCCGUUCGUUUUUGGGGCGUAUUGAAAAACUGAUCAAAUAGAUGUACGUCAUGAAGUUGUAUCACGGCAGAUGUGGACCUAUGAUUUGUUUAAUGCAUGUGAAAAAUCUGCGAACUAGAGUUAAACUUUUGAAAUUGUCUUAACUGCGCAGAAUACUCAAUAUCCAGAUUGUCUAUGUUAGUCUGCGUGCUCGUGGCUCAAACAUAUGUAGCCGACUCUUUUUUUACCUCUACUGUUUAAUUUUAUAAAGGGUGAUUUUUUAAGAAUUU